CGCUGCACACACACACAGGCCUAUGUAAAUUUGGUGGCGCACGCAUGGCGCACAAAGCCAAAGAUAGAGUAACAAAUCAGGAAUUUCCCUCCUGCCACUCCUGAGAGCGCAACAGAGGACCAGAGUUACGGAUUAAGCGCUUCUCCUCGGGGAGGAACAAGCGAAACGGAGAUAAUCUACUUUUUCCCUCUUUCCUUUUCUUUUUCCUGUGUAAAUAUUAUUCAUCAUCCACGGCUUCCACGACGUUCUGAGGAAACAUAUUUUGGCAUUAGUCGUGCGUAAUUCAUUGUGGAGCCAUUGGCUUUUAUUUUGGCCUCCCAAAGAUACUUCCAUGGAAUAAAAAAAAAAAAAAAAAAAAAAAGCGAAGAACAACCUUCAGCAAGAAUAUUGUGAUUAUUUGCAAGUUUGGCUUUAUGACUUUUUUCUUCUCCCCCCGUUGUGCAGUUUGGGUUGUUGAGGUUCUCGAUGGCGUAGGUGGUGGCAAGACUUUUUAAAACACCAUAAGAACGAGGAUUUAAUAGCCCAUUCCUGCCAAUGCGUCUGGAUUAUGCGCGAAACAAGUCGGAGUGCGUAAAGUAAAGAGAAGAAUAACCCACCGUCGUCACUCAUCGUGGAGAGGGGGGGACAUGCGGGAGUGAAAACGGCGUCUAGAAGGAUGCUGCUGCUUGUACGAUGGAAGUGAAGAACUCUUUUGCUAUUGUUGCGGUGGCUUGUCUUUUCUUUUGCUUCGGUUUCAGCCAAAAACUCAACCCGAAAGGCAAGAAUGUGUGUAAAGCAUCCGGGUCAUCUGGAUCAGUGUGCUGCAGUGGAUGGGGGAAGCUAGAGGAUGAAUGCCCGACACCUCUGUGUGAGGGCAACUUCACCUGCAAGGAAAACGAGGUGUGUGUCAGGCCCAAUGAAUGUCGCUGUCGUCAUGGAUACUUCGGAGCUAGCUGUGACACUAAAUGCCCUGCCCAGUUCUGGGGCCCCGACUGCAAGGGGAAAUGUAACUGCCACCCCAACGGCCAGUGCGACGACUUGACCGGCGAAUGUACCUGCAACUACAAUCGCUGGGGACCCAACUGCGAGAACGCAUGUCUUUGCCAAAAGGGCAAGUGUGACCAAGACACGGGGAAAUGCACGUGUCACCCCGGCUUCUGGGGUCCCCAGUGCAACAACAACUGCUACUGCAGCAUCAACUCCGUCUGCGACGCGAUGUCGGGCCGGUGCCUGUGCAAUCCCGGCUGGACGGGGAGGAACUGCGCCAUCCAGUGCAACUGCAACAACUCACCGUGCGACCAGUUCACGGGGCGCUGCCAGUGCAGGGAGAGGCUGUGGGGCCCGCGGUGCGAACGGUACUGCCAGUGCAUCCACGGCAAGUGCAACCAGGCCGACGGCUCGUGCACUUGCACGCCGGGGUACCGUGGGAAGUUCUGCAGGGAGCCGUGUCCAGCUGGAUUCUAUGGACAAAACUGCAGGAACAGGUGUGGGCACUGCAAAGGCCAGCAGCCGUGUAAGGUGACGGAGGGCCGCUGCGUCACCUGCGACCGAGGCUGGAACGGAACUCGGUGCGAUCAGCUCUGCUCCAAGGGCUUCUUUGGCGAAAACUGCCAGGAAGUGUGUCCCACCUGUAAAGACGGCCAUCACUGUGACCCCAUUCAUGGCAAGUGCUCUCAUUGUAACCCCGGCUGGAUUGGGGACAGGUGCGAGGUGCGCUGCCCCAACGGCACGUAUGGCGAGAACUGCGAGAACAACUGCAGCCACUGUUUCUACGGAAUCUGUCACGUUGUCACCGGAGAGUGUCUGUGUGACCCGGGCUUUCAUGGCACAUACUGCAAUAUGACCUGUCAACCUGGCCAGUUCGGAGUCAACUGCAACCAGACGUGCUCCUGCCACGACAAGAACUGCGACCCCGUGUCUGGUGCCUGCUACCUCCAGCCCAACCAGCGGAUGGGUGUGAUUGCAGCUGGGAUCCUGGUCUCGUCUUUACUGAUCGUCCUCCUCUCGCUGUUGUGCUGCUGCUGCCUCUGUCGACACAAAGACGACCACAACAAAAAAGCCAAGCGGAUCCUGUGUGGACGAUUCAGCCGAAUCAGCACUAAACUCCCCCGUAUUCCACUGAGGCGACAGAAACUGCCCAAAGUAGUCGUAGCCCACCACGACCCAGAGAACACCUUCAACUGCAGCUUCAUCGAGCCCCCCUCUGUGGCCGAGCAGCCCUCCACCUCCUCCUGGUCGUCCCAAGAGUCCUUCUCUUCCUUUGAGAGCGGAGACGAGGGGCCACUUUACUCUCUUCCUCAUGAAGAAUCUAUAAAUGAAAGCAAGGAGAAGCAGAGUCCCAGUCUAACAGCGGAGAAACCAGAAGCCGUCUCUAAUGAGGAUGAUGCAGGGGAGUACACCUCCCUGAAAGAUACAAGUGUCGCCAAAUCAGAAGGCGGCGAGCAGCCCCAGCUCAAGUCCUCCGACAGCGAAGGCUCCACCAGUGGCUACGAGUCCAACACUGGGGCGCUGUACGCCCGCAUCGCCCGCCUCUCCAAGCAGUCUAAAGAGGACGAGGGCAGUGGCAAGGACAGAGAUGGCACCCCUACGCCAGAGGCCAAGCGCAACGGAAAGCCCCCUCCUUCACCCGGCAAGCCCAAACCACGCCCACCAGACCCCUCCACAAAGCCCAAGGUGUCAUGGAUACAUGGAAACACCACAGGGUCUCCCCAGCCAGAGCAGCAGGGGGGGCUUAAGGCACUCGUGGGAUCCAAGGACAAGAAGAGGAGCUCCAGUGAUGGCUCCUCCAAGAGUGAAGAGCGUCACAAAAUGAAGGAGAAGAGUCGCGAGCAACAGAAGAAACAGGACGAGAAAGAGGUCGAUUCCAAUGGCUCCCCCAGCAAACACAAGCCUCUGCGAGGUAAGAAGUCUGGGGAUGAGCACAGCAGUCCCAGUCACAUGGAACACAUUAACGGUGUUGUUCAGAAUGCCUUGAAGAAGAUCAGCGGCUUCCACAGCUCGUCGUCCGAGAAGAAGAGCGUUGACAGUCCGAAGCAGGCCCCUAAGGAGCCGCCCAAGAGCCCGAAGGUCAUCCACCCUCACAUGAACUCGGAAGCCGCCACGCUGCUGGCCGCUCAGCUCAAGGAGAAAACCCAAAGCAUCAACAGGAACGAGGGGACGGGACUGACAAAGACCAACGGCCUCUCCACGCCCAAGGGACACCGCGAGAAGCCCACUCCUCCGCAGAAAGCUAAGAGGACCGCCUCCAGUGGACUGGGCCAGCAGGGCUCCACCAAGCCCCUGCUGCCUACCACCAGCAGCCUCCAGAAGAUGGUGGCACCCGUCGCCACCACCGACACGGGGGCCCCUGACGCUAAGAGCCCGGAGAAGCAGGACUUGAACGGCUCCAGAGCAGGGGACCCGCUGGAUCCUAUACCAAAGAAGACCCCCAUUAAAAAGCCGCCCAGGAAGAAAGGCAAGGAGGGCGCUUUGGAUACACCUGAAAGUAAAACACCCCAGCAAAAGACAGCCAUUAUGCCACCACAAGUAGUCAAAUAAGUAUUUUGAAUGACAUAUUGCACAAAGUUGAUAGAUUACCAAAAGACUAAAAAGUUGUUUGGAAGGAGAGUUUUUCAGUUUUUCUGUGUGAGUGUUGCAGCCUUAAUCCAGAUGGAAAAAAGACUUAGACCGGAAUCAUACUGGUGAGGUGUGUCAUAAUAACCUCUAUACAUUAUUAUAUUACAGGACAAGAAUCAUUUUUUUUUAUGUAUCUAUGGACAACCUCACACCACAACCUGUGGCUAAGCCAGACACAACUGUGAGAACAGUGGUGCAAAGAAAUUAUCCAAAGUUAAUUCAUCUCUAUUCCUCUGCAGUAUCUCCACCACUAUAUUUAUAUAUGGAUUGCUUUUGUGGUUACAUAACUGUAAGUUACCCCGAUGGUGUCGGAAAAAAAAAUAGCUUUUUUUUUUUUUUUAACGUGUGCUCUCCACAGGUACGAAAGGUACUAAGAUUACAAGCUACGUUUCUGUUUGUUCAUAUCCCAUUUGGAUGGAACAACUUGGAGAAAUACAUUUCUACAUCCACGUUCUUAAUCACAAGAUUAUGUUAUUCUAUGCAGAUGAUAGUCUACUUGAAUGUUGGUAGCUAAGAGCUCUACACACUUUUCUCUCAUUCAGAUCUGGAGGAGUGCUUUUCAGUGAACUAAAUUAGACUUCCUGGGGUACAUAAUUUAUUCUGCACUUCGGCCUUAAUUGCCUUUCACUUUCACCUUUGUUUCCACGUUGAUCAUCGUCACUUGGUUCCAUUUCACACAGACAUAUAGCGUUUUUUUGCAGUUUUUAUAUAGUUUUAUUUGGCUUUCUUUUGCCCCGCUCAGUUAAAUGUGGUUUGUUAACUUCCAAGUAAACUCUCUGAUCUCGAAAAAGGGCUGCUUUAAAAUCUUCCAUAUUUCUGCUAACACCACGCCACCAGAAUGUGCUCUUACUGUAGAUUUCCUUCAGUCAGCUAAACCACUAAACCAAAAAUGAAACCCCGGGCUAUCCUAUGUCCCCCGCUUUACGUCACACUUAUAAUUCACUUUAUUCACGUACCUUCUCUGUGAUACAGCAACACACAGCGUUUCAUUCUCUGUGUUCAACAAAAGCGUGCUGCAGGACAAGAUCCUCCUUGUAAACCAGAGGCAAACGGAUACUUUAGCGAGAAUAGAUAUAGAUCAGAAGGAAGAAGGAAUCUGCCAUUUGUCUCUGCACUCUUUCAGAAAUUAGGUCUGUGUCACCAUUUGAGCUAUUUUCACAUAAGUGCGCUUACGCCGCCAGGGUAGCAUGAGAAAAAGAGAAAGUAAUAAUAAUAGUAAAACCCUGUCAGAGAUGUUUUAUCCCUCGAGGAUCUUAUUAUGUUAAGCUAGCAGAUUCAUGCUCAAGUAUAAAAGGUGUUUUUUCAUUGUUUUUGGGGCAAGACUGUACAGCUAAAUGGUACCGUGCCCCUGGAGUUAACAUGUGCCUCAACUGUGGAUCAGUUUAAGCUAAAGCAGCUAUGUUUGCUUAUUGCUAUUUUCCAAAGUCUAAAAUAAAGCAAACCAAAAAAAAAAAAAGAAAAAAAAAAAAGGUUGGUGGAGUUGGAUACUUAAACUGGACUAAUUCAGUUUGUCAGGAAAAAAAUGAGUAAAUGUUCUGGUGUGACUUCCCCGCUACUAAGAGUCGACAUGUUGGAGUCUUGAUCUUUUAAUUCUUUCAGGAAGAAAACUUUUUUUUUUCUUUAUUUCAGCUAUAAACAGAUCAGAGUUUAAAGUAAGUAGGAUGUUGUGUCGAUGUGCCAUUGUUUUUGGACUGAAGAAUAUUUGACAUUAAUUUGAAAAACAGUGUCUCGGUGUGUUAAUAUCAAGGUACAACACAUUUCUUUGAUUAUUUUUCAUCGUUUUUACUUGUAUACAUUGUGUACUUUUUAUUAUCUUUGUAAGCUGUGCUUAUAUGACCUUUUUAAGGUUCUUCUGUUUUUCCUUGGUGUCAAUGAACUGGCUUUCAUGGUGUAUUUGCUUUUUUUUUUUUAUGUUUGCUUGUGUUGCUCUAAAGCAGACCUGCCGUAUGAGUACCUUCCUCUUGUAAAGUUUACAUUGGCUUUGUAAUUGUCCUCUGUUGAUGUUAUUGUUAGUGUAACACUUAACUGCAUGACACAGGGUGUAAUUAUAUGGCAUUAAUCGCUGCAGAGGAAAACUGUAACCUUCUCGUCCCCCUCCCCAUUUGUUAUUACUGCCUCCCUUAACUAACUCAUACAGAAAGAUUGUACAAUACUACUAUAAUACCACUGUUGAAACCAUUGCAUAUACUUAAAACCAUAAUAUUGUGUAAUUACAAAGUGGCUAUUUUGAUCCGACUGGCCCGCGCCUGUUUUGUUAAAGAAGGGCCUAAAAAAGCUGCAAAGCCAUUACCACCUGUAAGGUAUAUUUUGUCUUUUUGUGGUUUGUUUAAAGCAACUUUGAUUUCCAUUUGUGUACGGCUAUUAAAGUGGUGUUUCCUCA